AUGAGAACAGACGGGCAAAUCUCCAAGAUGCUCCAAGUAAGGAGGUCUGAUCAGACCAGCCCGGCAACGACAACCCAGCCAUUGGCAACACCACAUUAUAACUGUCACAAGUCCAGCGCGGAUCGGAAGCCCAAUGCUGAUUUCGUUAAGACUAUCGCGGAAUCCUUCUGUAACGACGAGAAAGUCGAGUACGGAGUGCUAAAACCAGGUGAAAGCGUUGAAGUGAAACUUGAAGACGCUGCGACUGAACUGAUUCAUUCUGUAUCGAUCUCCUGGCUUCCAGGCUGUGUACUAAAGAGCCAAAUCUGCGACUCUGGAAGAGAAAAUGAUGGCUGCAAGCACUGGAUCAAUGAGGUCCUCAACGAAUGUUGGCAAUAA